AUGGAACCCCAGGGCGAUGAGCCUGAGGACAGAGAGCAAGAGCAGGCAUCUGAGCCUCAAGAUGCCGUCGAAAAUUCUGAUACCCUGAAAUAUCAUUUGUUAGGACCCUCGUUGACGAAGGCGGGUCAAGACGCAGUCGAUCAGCAGAAAGUUUCUGAAGUAAUCUACAAUGCAUCGAAAGGAUCGAAGUUUUUUAAUCAUGAACAGAACCGCGAUCGAGUUCUGACUGCCAAGAUUGAGCGCAUCUUAACAGAAAAAGCCCGUUUGGAGAAGUUGGAUUUGUCUCAAGAUCGAAGGCGAGCUGAUGAAUUCAUUGCGGAGUUGGAGCUUACGAGAGAUCUCUCACAAAACGUGGUUCACGUCGACUGUGAUGCGUUCUUUGCUGCCGUUGAAGAGCUCGACCGGCCAGAACUGAAGACGGUGCCCAUGGCCGUUGGUAAAGGUGUUCUGACCACAUGCAAUUACGAGGCUAGGAAGUUUGGCUGCCGGAGUGGUAUGGCGUCUUUCGUGGCCAAAAAGCUCUGCCCACAAUUGGUAUGCCUACCCCAGAACUAUGACAAAUAUAGCGCAAAAGCAAAGGAGAUUCGUGAUGUCUUUGUCCAAUAUGACCCUCUCUUCGAGAGCGCCAGUAUUGACGAAGCAUAUCUUAACAUCACCGCUUACUGCGCUGAAAAUCAUCUCAAUUCUGAAGAAGCGGUUCAAAAAAUGCGAGCAGAAGUAUUGGAAAAGACAAAAAUCUCGGUCUCGGCAGGAAUCGCGGCAAACGCAAAAAUAGCAAAAAUUUGCUCAAAUAAGAACAAACCAAAUGGCCAGUUUUGUGUUCCAAGCGAAAGGGAAGCGAUAAUGGAAUUCAUGAAGGAGCUCCCAGUGCGCAAAGUGAACGGUGUUGGCCGUGUAUUUGAACGGGAACUAGAUGCCAUUGGCAUUAAAACAUGCGGCGAUAUCUACCCUCACCGGGCGCUGUUGACCAAGCUCUUCGGGGAAAAGGCAUUUCAGUUCCUGGCACAGUGCUAUCUCGGCCUGGGUAGGACAAAAAUCCAGCCCGUCGAAACAUAUGAACGCAAAAGCGUUGGCACGGAAGCUACGUUCCAUGAAAUCGGAGAUAAGCAACAACUCAGGGAGAAACUUUGGUGGGCAGCACAGGAACUUGAGAAGGACAUGACCCGUACACAGUUCAAGGGUCGGACUUUGGUCCUCAAGGUCAAGCUGCAUUCUUUCGAAGUCCUCACUCGUCAAACAGCUCCUUCGAGAGCAGUGUGCCUUGCAAAAGAUCUCUACUCGUUUGCUCUUCCGAUGCUGGCAAAAUUGGAAAAAGAAAUCCCAGACCUAAAGCUCCGGCUCCUCGGUCUUCGCUGUACAAAUUUGGUGAGCACGAAGAAAGUUGGGCUUGAAUUCUUUGGUGUGACUUCGCAGGCGAAGCCAGCGCCUGCAGUAGAAUCUGGGGACGCAACUAGCGAACAAGAAAUUGAGACCGAAGAGGCCUUUGAACAAGCUGCCCGUCAAGAGAUACAGGACGAAAUGAAUGAUCUUGAAGCGCUCAGUCAAGAGAUUAAUGACUCUGCCGAGCCUGGGGAAGGUGCAAGUACACUCGAGGCAGAACCUACUUUCUGGGAAUGUCCAAUUUGCGGGAAACCCCAGGCAGCUGAUGAUCGGGCUUUCAAUGAUCAUGUCGACUUUUGCCUCUCGAAGCAGACCAUCAAAGAAGCAGUGCAAGGUACUGCUCAGGAAGAGAUGGUCUCACCUAUGCCUUCUAAAACCCGAAAGAGGAAGACUGGCUCUGAAACACCAGACCCUCGACAGAAGCGGUUAUUCUUCACCUGA